CAUCUCUGCAGAGGAAAACAGGAAAUUUCUUGUUCCGAGUUCCAGUGUCCGAAGCCUUCGGAUCGUCCUUGAUUUCCUGCUUCCCUUCUCUUCUUUUGUCCGCUCCAUUCUCAAACACAAAAACCAUCUCCUUCUUUCACCUCCGUCGCAUCACCGCAUCAACGUCACGUCUCACGCUCGCUGCGCUGCUUCUGCUUCUGCUUCUGCUUCUCCUUCUCUCUCUCUCUCACCCUCCCAGGGAGUGAUCACGCCGCAACAGCAACGGGAAAAAGGCGGGAUCUUUCGGGUCACGCGACUCGUUCGGGCGCCCGCAUUCUUUGUUUCUCUCGUUCCCGUUUGCCAGUUCAGCAUGGAUUCGCCCAGGAACGACCUCAAGCGAAGUUUCGACGACAUGAACUCGUCGAGAACGGAGACGGGUCCUCGCGGGACUGAUGACCCUGCCCAAGGCCCUCCUAAAAUUCCCAAGAGUUUCGACCCCAGAAGCUAUCAAGUGAAGGUUUAUGAGGUUGCUAUGAGGAGGAACACUAUUGCGGUGCUGGGAACUGGUUCUGGAAAGACAAUGAUAGCCGUGAUGCUUAUUAAGGACAUGGCCCAAUCUAUGAGGUCGAGUGGGGAGAAAAAGUUGAUGAUUUUCUUGGCUCCGACAGUCCAUCUCGUUAAUCAGCAAUAUGAGUUUAUAAGCAGUCAAACUGGUCUGCAAGUGGGGGAAUAUUACGGAGCCAAAGGCAUUGACGAAUGGAACGUGAAAAGCUGGGAGAAGGAAAUCAGCGAGCACGAUGUGCUGGUUAUGACCCCACAGAUUUUACUGGAUGCCUUGAGAAAGGCAUUCCUCAAUUUGGACACAGUGAGCCUGAUGAUAAUUGAUGAAUGCCAUCGUACCUCAAAAAACCAUCCUUAUACGAAAAUAAUGAAGGAAUUUUAUCACAAAAGCAGUAAGAAGCCAAAGAUUUUUGGAAUGACAGCUUCGCCUGUAUCUUGUAAGGGGGUUUCCUCGACUGUGCAUUGUGAUGGACAGAUAUCAGAGCUCGAGAGCAUUUUGGAUUCCCAAAUAUACACUGUUGAGGACAGGACGGAGAUAGAAGGAUAUGUUCCAUCUGCCAAACAUAUAUGUUGGUUCUUUGACCAACCGCUGUUUUCAAAUGCAUCUUUGAAGGAAAAGAUGGAAGCUUCAUGGUCUAAGUUUGACGCUUCCUUGUUGAAGUUGCAAGGUUCCCUUGAAAAUCGUUUCAAAGACAUGGAUGAAAAGUUUAAGACACUGCAGAAGCGGUUGUCCAACGACCACUCAAAGAUUAUGUAUUGCCUUGAUGAUCUCGGUCUCAUUUGUGCUAAUGAGGCUGUUAAAGUCUGUUUAGAGAAUGCUCCUAACGCCAAAGGGGAAUGUGAUAUCUAUAGAGAGAGUUCCUUGCAGUGUAGAUAUUAUCUUGAAGAAGUGUCACGAUUAAUAGGGGACUCCUUGUCACUUGAUCAGAUUUGCGUUUCAGGUGACGAGUUUACUUUGGAAGCUGGGGCAAACUGGCAAACAGCAUUGGAGAUGGGCUAUGUAACUCCGAAGCUAUACGAACUCCUUCAGAUUUUCCUGUCAUUUGGAGGUGCAGGGCCAGUACUGUGCCUCAUCUUUGUAAAUAGAAUUGUCACAGCGAAAGUGAUAGAGAGAUUUGUGAAGAGAGUCUCUGUCCUAUCUCAUUUCACAGUGUCGUACAUAAGUGGAAGCAAUUCUUCAGUUGAUGCCCUGGCACCAAAAGUGCAGAAGGAAACCUUGGAAUCAUUUCGCUCUGGCAAGGUGAAUUUACUGUUUGCAACUGAUGUGGUUGAGGAAGGGAUUCAUGUGCCAAACUGUUCGUAUGUAAUACGCUUUGACCUUCCUAAGACGGUACGGAGUUAUGUCCAGUCUCGUGGACGGGCACGGCAGGAUAACUCCCAGUAUAUUAUCAUGCUUGAGAGGGGAAACAUAAAGCAAAGGGAUCAACUAUAUGACAUCAUUAGGAGUGAACGAUCCAUGAUCAACACAGCCAUAAACAGAGAUCCUUUUGAGUGCAACUUGAAAGCAUGCACGUUAGAGGAAACGGGUGCAUAUUUUGUUGAUAUAACUGGAGCUUCAGUCUCUACGGAUUCAAGCAUUAGUCUCAUUUAUCGAUAUUGUGAGAAACUCCCUCAUGACAAGUACUUCACCCCAAAGCCAGACUUUCAAUUUUUAUUUUCAGGUGGAUCUUGUGAGUGCACUUUGACAUUGCCUCCUAAUGCAGCCUUUCAGACAUUAGUAGGUCCCUUGAGCAGGAACAGUCAUUUAGCCAAGCAACAAGUAUGCUUGGAAGCUUGUAAGAAGCUGCAUCAAAUGGGUGCUUUAGACGAUCGUCUUCUUCCCUGCAUUGAGCAGACCUCAGAAAAGGCUGCUACUUCUAAAGGCAAGGAAUCAUCUGCAGGUGCAAGUGCAGUUGCGGGUGUAGGUACAACAAAAAGAAAGGAGUUACACGGAACGACAAGCAUUCGUGCAUUAUCAGGAGCAUGGGCUGAAAAAACUGAUGGGGCAAUUUUUGAGGCCUAUAAAUUUGAUUUCUCCAGUAGUAUUGCUGGCGAAUUUUACUCUCCAUUUAUUCUUCUGAUUGAGUGUAAGCUUGAUGAUGAUGUGGCGUAUACGGAAGUGGAUCUUUACUUACUUAAAAAGACGGUUAAGGUGUUGGUAUCUUCAUGUGGACAGGUGGAAGUGGAUAGUGAACAGAUGAUGAAAGCAAAGUGCUUUCAAGAAUUCUUUUUUAAUGGUUUAUAUGGGAGAUUAUUUGUUGGCUCCAAAUCAUCGGGAAAGCGGAGAGAAUUUAUUUUCAACAAGGAAGCAAGCUUAUGCUGGAACCCAGAGUACAUGUAUUUACUUCUCCCCCUGGAGACUUCGAAAACAUCAAGUGAUGAUUCUUGGAAAAUCAAUUGGACAGCGAUAAGUUCCUGCUUCGACGCAGUUGAAAUUAUGAAGAAAGAAUAUUCUUUUGGUACUGAAGAUAGUAAAAGUAAGACAGUAAGCUCAUUUCCUUCCGGGACUCUUGCUGCCGAGAUUGACGAGGACAAGAAAAUACGCUUUGCCAAUGGUUCAUUCAGCGCUUGCAAACUGAAACAAGUAGUGGUCGUGGCUAUUCACACCGGAAGGAUCUACUCGAUUUUUGAAGUUACCUCUGAUGUGUCCGCAGACAGUCCUUUUGAGGGAAAUGCGGAUGGUGGCUCCUCAAAAUUUAGUUCUUAUGCUGAGUACUUUAACAAAAAGUAUGGCAUAGUGUUAAAAUACCCAGGACAGCCUUUGUUGCGGCUAAAGCAAAGUCAUAAUCCAUACAAUCUUCUAGUGAAUUUUGUGGAAAAAGGUCGCAAGAGCAAGGCAUCACAACCUGGCUAUGUUGAGAAGCCAUUGAAUCAUGUUUAUAUGCCACCCGAGCUUUUACUUACUCUUGAUGUUCCAGUAUAUGCAAUGAAAGCAUUCUACUUGCUGCCAUCUUUGUUGCAUCGUUUAGAAUCCUUGAUGUUAGCAAGCCAACUUAGGGCAGAGAUCAACUGUCAAAUUGGCAAUUUUCACAUACCAAGCUCUCUGAUAUUAGAGGCACUUACAACCCUGAGAUGCUGUGAGAGUUUUUCGAUGGAACGCUUGGAAUUGCUGGGUGACUCUGUCUUGAAGUAUGCUGUCAGUAACCAUCUCUUUCUUAAAUAUCCCAAGAAGCAUGAAGGACAACUAUCAGCUGAGCGAUCACAGGCUGUUUGUAAUGCAACCUUGCAUAAACGGGGGACGGACCGUCAAUUGCAGGGAUACAUCCGGGAUAGUGCAUUUGAUCCACGUCGUUGGGUUGCUCCAGGACAGCGCACUUUAUUCCCUUGUCCUUGUGGUUGUGGUGUUGACACAUCAGAAGUUCCUCUGGACGUUAAAUUUUGUACUGAAGAGCCAAACAUAGUGGUUGGAAAGUGCUGUGACCGGGGCCACCGAUGGAUGGGCUCAAAAACCAUACCAGAUUGUCUGGAAGCCCUCAUAGGCGCAUACUAUGUCUCUGGUGGAUUAAUCGCUUCUCUACAUCUUAUAAAGUGGCUUGGAAUCGAUGCUGAAGUCGAGCCUUCAUCUGUUGUCGAAGCCAUUAAUGGUGUAUAUCUGCAUUCGUCCGUCUCGUCAACUGAUGAACUUGCAAUUUUGGAGUCGAAAAUUGGGUACACAUUCUCUGUUAAGGGACUGUUGCAAGAAGCUGUAACGCAUGCAUCUUGCCAAGAACAAGGGCUGGCGUACUGUUAUCAGAGGCUUGAAUUUCUUGGCGACUCUGUGCUGGACAUUCUUAUUACGUGGUAUCUCUAUCAGAGUCAUGCUGAUGUCGACCCUGGUGAGUUGACCGACUUGCGUUCGGCUUCUGUUAAUAAUGAAAAUUUCGCUCAAGUUGCUGUGCGGCACAACUUCGAAAAGCAUCUUCAGUACUGCUCAUCCUUUCUUCAAAGCCAAAUUACGGAGUACGUACAAUCAUUUGACAGACUGGAAAUUGACACAAGAGACCUGCAACACAUGAAAGGCCCUAAGGCUCUUGGAGACAUGGUGGAAAGUAUUGCAGGAGCUAUUCUUAUUGAUACGGAGCUUAAUCUUGAUGAAGUAUGGAGAAUAUUCAAACCACUUUUAUCUCCAAUUGUGACACCUGAUAAGCUCGAAUUGCCUCCUUGGCGUGAAUUGAACGAGCUGUGUGACCAUCUUGGGUACUUCCUCAAGGAAAAUUGUGUAAAUAAGGGGGAAACUGUUCAUGCCGAGAUUCGUUUACUGCUUGAUGAUGUGCUGUUGGUCGGCCAGGGUUGUGAGCGAUGUAAAAAAGAUGCCAAAGGGAAAGCGGCUCUUCAUUUGCUAAAGCAACUUGAGCAGAAAAGGGGAAUAUCAUUCAACCAGUCUGUCGCAAAAAAGAAGAAACACGGUGCUGAGGAGGAUGCUGAUUCGUCUCCAUUAGAUGCAAGCGUUGACAAAGACAGUCAUGGAAUUAAUGAAGAUUCUUCAGGCCUAGAACCUUGUAAGAAACAAAGGACUACUGGAAGUCAUUUGCCCACAGAGGCAGCUGAAAAAAUUGUGUCGGUGGAUUGCAGUUUAAAGGAAUCUAAUUUCGAUUCUUCUGAACCAGUUCUCCUAACCGUCGACAUGAAAAAAGGCGGGCCUCGAAUGUCUCUCUAUGAGUUAUGCAGGAAACUCCAGUGGCCGAUGCCCAAAUUUGAAACAACCGAAGAAAAAUCAAAGACCCCGAUUGAAUUUGGUGAAGGUGCUGAGAAAAGAACAGGAUUCAGUAGUUUCACAUCGAAAAUCAUCUUGCACAUACCCAAAUAUGGCAACAUGGAAUCUACUGGAGAUCCUAAAGCCGAUAAGAAAAGUUCGUUUGACUCCGCCGUGCUGACUAUUCUUCAUGAGCUCGAAAAACAAGGGAGGAUUAUCAUUGGUAAAGCCUAACCACCAUCUGCGCAAAGCUAUUCUUUACUAACAUUAGGAACAGAAGGAUCAUUGAAGGUGCUUAUUAUCAAUCCCUUCGAUUUUCUUGAAUUAAGAGCAUUUAGGAAAAGCUCAAACGGGCUAUUUUAGCAAGAGUUCGCAAUUUCUUCCUGACUGAUUACAUCAUGUUGAUGACAAAUUGAGAGUAUGAGCUCUAUCAAAAGUUAUGUAACGACAGUGAUGUACUUAAUAAAUGCAAGACCAACGAGGAGGAGGUAAAAUCUCUUUUAUACCAUGAAA